CAUACUUAUGGGCAUAAAAUGGUGGACUGUGUGAGGACGAAGCUGUGAUUACCUACCUUACCAUAUACCAUACCUAGAACAUCAGCUAAAUUAAAGCUGUCACCGACAAAAUGAUGUUCAUGAUGUGAUACGGGAUAACAUGCAGAUUUGUGUUAGAGUCGAUUGAACGAGGUAAUCAAGAUGGAUCAUACACUUUUGGUGCUACAGCUGGUGGUAGGCCUGGCAGUUUUGUCGUUUGUUCGUCAAAAUGUGGCAGGUACGUCGUACAGAGCGGCACCAGGUUUCAUGGACAACGGGCACACAGCCAAAAAGUCCCCCAUGGACUACAGCCGUUACGCGGCAGAUGAACGCGAUAUCGGCAGCCACAGCGGAGUGUCUAGUUUCCGCGGUCUGAAUGAGUGCGACAGUAGAUAUGAGCUGAAAAACUCCUCUAUUAUACGCACCAAAGACUCCUUGAAUAACGGGGCAGAGUUCGUGGGCGACACGAAGGUGGAUGGGGCGGCAGAAUGUCGCUGGCGGUGCUGCCAGAAAGAGGGGAGUUGUGACACAGCCAUCUUUGUUGAGGAUGAGUCCAAGAGUAAAAACUGCUUCUUGUUCAGGUGCUGGCACGAAGGGACUCUAAAAUGCCUGUUUUCCAGUCACUGGGGAUAUGUGAGUGCGAUAAUAGGGGGGUUUGAUGAUUUACCCCCAACAAGUCAAGUUGUUAGUGAAGAUGACCCAGCUUUGACAGGAGAUGAAGACUUUCAUCACAGUGUGGAAAAUCUUCAAUCACAGGAUGCUAUGAAUCCUGACGAGCCCAAGGGACACACAGAGGAUGAUGCUGAGUGUGGCACUGGACAGAUCCAGUGUGCCAGUGGUGAAUGUAUUGUGGUUCGUUAUAUCUGCAAUGGCGUAGAUGAUUGCACCGAUGGCUCAGACGAGAUGGGAUGCAAAUAUGACACAAAUACUCCCCCUGCACACUCCUCCCAUGCCACUAGCCCGCCUAAAGUAGGUCCCACAGCUCAAAUCUCAGUCCAAAAUGAUGAGGAUCUAAAGAUACCUGAGAAAUUGGACUUGGGGGAAGUCAGGAGCAACCUGGCAAAUGAGCUGCAUGGGCAGGUAACACAAGAGAAGCAGGUGUCAUCAGAGCCGCAAAAUAAGGAUACGAGCUUGAAUCCAGUUGAUGGAGAGAGCAAGAGCAGUGUGAAGGACAAUGGCUUUGGGGAAAAUACAAAUGCUGGUCCACAAUAUGCUCAGUACAACCUUGAUGCAGGUAGUGUGGUGAACACCAGUGACAAACCAGGAGAGGUUCCUUCCAGUGUUCAUGAUUCACAGUCUGACAGCAGGCCACGCCCUGAAGCCCCUGAUCAGAGAAUGGUGAGCACACCCUUGCGCCCCUUACCACUAGGCACUGCAAAAGAGCACGAUGGGUUCAGUCAGGGAGAUGUUGAACAGAGGAAGUCGGGUGACAAAGAUCCAGGGGACAGAAAUGGUCAGAUGAAUGAGAAGACUGAGCAGCUAGGAGACCCUGACAAGCCUCUGUUAUCCCGACCAACCAAUCCUCGUAACAGUCAAGGACAGGACCAGGGAUCAGAGACAAGGUCCCAGGAUAGUGACAACCAAGGCAGUAGGUAUGAUGAUACCUCCAAGAUACUUGAUCAGACUCCGAGAGGUCUUGGAAAUAGUUACCAGUCCAUGAAACCAGGCCAUGCAGUUCAAAACCCUGGGUAUAAUCCACGGGGAAAUGGCAAUCCGUCCAGAACUGAUGCUGACAACAGCCUAGGAUUCUCAGAUCACGACAGUGAUGAUGGCGAUGGUAUCCCGUAUUUUUAUGGUGACAACUACGGUGUUUACCGUAACAAGCCAUUUGCCAACCCACCAGAUUACAACUACCCAAAUGAGAUAUUCAAGGACCUUACUAAUCCUGGUCAGAACUAUCCAGAUCUGUAUGAUGACGACCCCCUGUACCCUGAUCUCCAGGAGACUGGGUAUGAUCCUGAUCAGAUCAACUAUCAUCGGCGUGACCGACUCAACAGUAAAUAUGGCGUGCAAGGGAACAAGGAUGUUCCUCCAAGGCAGCAUCCCUACAAUGGGGGCCCCGAUAAUUGGCAGCAAAGAGGAGGCAACAGUGGCAUGAGGAGUGAUGUAGGCAGAGGGAGUGUGCCACGUGUCAGUGGAAGGCCUUACCAGGAUAGGCCUGGACCUGAUGAUGGUACUGCGAAUGACAGGCAGCAGAACAGCCCUGGUACUUGGAGACAUUGGAAUGACUACAAUCAUGGGGACGAUGGUAAUACAUACCAGCCUAGAAUCCAAGAUGGUUACAACCACAAUGGCAGAGAUGGCAAAGUAGAAUACAGACCCGAUGAGGCAGACAGUGGGGGAGCCAGGGGCGGGGAGCAGACUUCAGAGGACUUUGUGGACUAUGGAAGUAACACCAAAGUUGAAGGGGACAAAGAAACUACAGAAGAUGAUGAUGAGGUGUAUAUAGCCACUGUAGCUAAAGAGCAUGAUGAGUUACCAACUGUCCCAUCAGUGCCAACAGCUCAGCCCCACCCGCCUGCCACAGCAGAAUCCAACAGCUUCCACACUGAUGGACGUCAGUCAUCAGUGGUCACCACCACCAGGACAGAUCAUAAUGAGCAGUCAGAUCAAGACAGCAGUAACAAGGUGGAGCCAUUUGGCAGCCACCCUGCCACCAGUGCCAUCCUCCCCUUGGCAGUGGGCCUGAUUAUCACCCUGCUGCUUCUGAUGAUGUUGAGUUGUAGGCUGAGGUAUAUGAAUAGGAGGUUGCGCUAUGGACGACUGAAGACGCACGCCCACGAUGCAGACUAUCUCAUCAAUGGCAUGUACUUGUAAACAUAUUUCAGUUGCAGUAAGUGAAACUAACCACCAUUUACCCAGAAAAUAAUUGUUCAAAUCAAUUCUCUGAAGAUUCACUUUGAGCUGUGAUAUCCAGGUAAUGCUCUGAGAUUCAAUUAAAAAAUAAAAGUGGCAAGUUGUCUUGCCAUUCUGCCUCAGAUGACAUUGUUCAGGGGGGGAUCCAGGAACUUUUCAGUGGGGGGUCAAGCCAGAGAUGUGUUUUUAAUGUCUCAUUUUUGCGGACAAGCGGAAACGAUGAUGAAUCAUUACAUGAAAAACAUUGUUUACAAUGGUUAAUAGCAGUUAAUAGCAGAACCUUGGUCCACCACUGUUUUUAUUUUUUGCCCAUAAAAAACCUUUUUGUUUUUUUGUGUCAGAGUACUAGAUUUUUCUUUCUUUUUUUGACCCACCCAACCCUCCUCCCCUUGGAUCGCUGUCUGCUCAGAAAUACUAACAUUUGCACUGGUAUGAAUUUAAGGAAGCCCCUAUAGACCCUUAGCAAUGUUAUAUAUUGCUAGUACCAGUACGUACAUGUACUUGUAAGAAAAUAGUCACAUUCCACUGAAGCGAUUUCCAGUUGCAAGAAACAUGGUUUUUUCUAAUACUCGGUUUCAUCACAAAGUGACGUACAUGUAUAGUAUAGUUUUGUUGCACCACGAAGUGACAUACCAUCCAUAGACUUUGUACACUCGAUACAAGAGUUUGUUGUACAGCAACUAGUCACAAUACAGUAGUUUGUGAUGCAACCGAUGAAUUAAGUGAAGCCAGUGUAGAGUUCCAAACUGUGAGACAAGCUUGACUUUAUAGUUCAUUCAGUGAGGUGAAGAAGUUGCUGCUGCAAAUGGACUUGUUGCUAUACAGUAUGUGGCAUUCUUAUUGGUAUAAAUAUAGACUAGUGUUAUGGGCUUUUUCUGCUGUGACAAAAUGUACGUUUGUACUUUCCAAUGGGAACUAUGAAAUUUAGGCCUGCAUUAUGGUAUUUAUUUUGCACUGCACAAAUACAUAGACGUAAGCAUCCAUCAAGGCAUACAUGCAUGCUUCAAGAAGUUAUUAAUGAAUCUGCCAUGUACAUGUACGAAUGUGUUCAUGCAUGAGUCCACAGUUAUACAUUGUAUUUGAUGAUCAAGUUUAUCGUAGAGUACUCUAAGUGAUGGCUGUAUGCAUGUAUAUAAGUUGUUGUAUUCAUGUUUUAAAAGGGUGUUACGUGUAAUUUAAAUAUAAGGUUUACUUAUUCCUUCAUCGAUUGUACUUUCUGUUCUCCCUGAAAGAAAUGGAGCAAUUUUUAUUCCUGAAAAGUACUGAAGUUCUACUGAAAUUCAGCAUUGAUUGUAUUCCCAGAAUCUUUAUUUUAGCUUUAUUUAUUGCUCUCUGAAUGUUGGUUCCAGUUUCCACAAACGUUGGUCUGUGUCAUGGAACUUUAUAUUUUGAAUGUCUUGUGUCUGAUAAAUUAUGGAAAAUUUUGCAUUCUGGUAAUGAAAUGAAACUUUGUGUGAGUCCCAUUAUAAUACAGUACUGUUUUAGUAGUUUGAUACUGCAUGAUGUGUGCAAAUUGGUCACGUAGGCUAGCAUACAUGUAGUUGUCGGCUUGUAUUUCUCGUGGAUACCAAAAACACUACACUGGAGAUUGUACCGGUUAAUGUUGUCUUUUAGCAUUCUUCACUCGUUUGUAUUACUGUAAACCAACCUUUACCUUGUGCCUACACAUGUAUAUUAUGUGUUGACAAGAAGUUGUCAUUCAAACGGUACAUGUAUCUUCAGACAAAAAUGACACGUACAUGUGUUACAUACAUGUCAUUUUUAAUAAUAACAAGAAUUGGUAAUAGGUUCGAUACGUACAUGUGUUACAUACAUAUCGAACCUAUUACCAAUUCUUGUUAUUGAUGCAUGAAGACUUGGGUAAAUGAUGGAAAGUUCUUUGCCACGUGUAUGCUUUUUCUAAAUGUAUUCAGGUUUCACACCAGGAUUGGAAAUACGUAAUUGCACUUCCUUCUUGAAAAACAUUCAGUACCCACCUUUGGUGGUUGGUCUUGUUGGUCCAUAUUGUAAUCAAAGUCAUGUUUUUAUACAUGUAAUUAAGCAUAUAUAUAGUUCACCGUGCUUCUUGUCAUGAUGUAUUUGUUUAUUGUGCGGAUAAGAACGACUUAAAGAAUGGAAAAAAAAGUUGUUAUAGGUAACUGUGCAUCCUAUAUUUGUACAUUUAUAUGCUUGGAUCACAGCGCAUGGACGAAUAAACAUCCAUCUCACCAAAGAUCUGUGUA